CGUAUAAUUCAUUAGAAGAUAAAAUGCACGAACGGUAUAUAAUACUGGGGAUUAUUCUUUUAUUCUAUGCCUUUAGAAUCUUUUAAUGUUUCAGGGACAAGUAAACUUUUCCCCCCCAGUGACGUGAAGUUGCGAGCGAAGAGAAACAACUAAUAGUCAAAUGUUCGAUAUAUAAUACCGAAACUGAAGUUUCUCUCUUUAAUGAAUUUUUAAUCAGAGAUAUUUUCAAUCCAACAUUUUUUUUUUUAAUUACUCAGUAACAUGUCCAAGCAUAUUGUCGGUCAGUAAGCCUCGUACAAUGAUAAAUCAAGAAGUAUUAUGACGUCUGUGUAUCUUAACACUAUGCAAAGUAGCAGAGAGGCAAGAAGAACCAAUCAUGGACAUUUCGGUUGGUUAUACCAGACAGUAAUUUUUAACAAGGUCCUAUGCCAAGAAAAGAAUGUUAAACCAUUGCCCGCCGUACAAGCAUAUUUAUCAGAGGGUUGUUUACGAUUCUGCGUGGAUCGCGUGGCCUUGAAAGAUUGGCCCCCAAUAUUGAAAAGUAUCGCCGAGAAUCGAAGUCUGUCGAAAAUCAAUGUCUAUAGCCGAUGCCGUUGCAAACGAGUACGAGAGAAAGUGAAUACGGAGGAGAAGCUUGAGAAAUUAUGGUAAUUCUGAACGUCAGAGAAAUUUAAUCGAACGUUAUAGAAAUGUAAAACUGGGAGACACGAAAGGGACUUUUGAACGAAGUAAAAAGCGACGACACAUAAAGACAGAUUGUUACUGCGAAAAGUUACGAAAUCGUUGCGUGGGAAAUAACGACUUGUCUUAAAUGCUCAGAUAUGUAAAAACUUGAACCGAGGUACUUAUGAGAAUGGAAUUUAGAGAAUCGCUUGAACUCCUUGCAUCCCCAAGCUUAAACUUCCCAAGCUUUGCUUUAACAUUCCAGUGCCAUUUUUCUGUGUAGCAUAGAUAUUCUGAAGUACUUCAAUGUUAAUUCUUCUUGUCUCACAAUUAAUGGUCAAAAUAAUACAAAAUUGUAGAAACUUUUAUUUCUGUAUUGCCAGAAUAUUGAGCAUGAGCGUUCUUAAAUUUUUGAGUUCCUGAUUCUUACUUAUCUUAGAAUUGUUUAUCAUAGUAACAUAAAAAUUUCUCAAUUCUCAAUUUUUAUACUAUCGGAAUAUUAAAUUUUUUAUAUCUUUCCAUUCUAAUUCUUUUCGUCUCUGGAUUAAUUCUGAAAAUAAUUCCAAUUUAGAAAAAUUCUUCUAGUCUUUUUAUGUUAUUGUAA